UGCCCCUCUUCCGGUGCGAAUAUGAUGCUAUAUUGUGAAGGUCUCGGCGCAUCAUAUUUUAUUGACAGGUGGUGGUCCCCCCUAAAAAUCCACCUACACCAACAGUAAAAUCUAUCACAUAAUAAACAAGACAGAUUUCACAUGCGCAAAUUAAUAAGAACAGUCUAAGAGGCCCUAAAGACUUGCCAAUCUUGUUAAUAUGCAGAGAUGCAGCUCGAGUCCAAUUUUCUCGACAUACACAAACUAUUAUUGGCGCAGUGUGACGUCAAUCUUUCUCCUCACUUGUUUCAAAGAAAUGGACCACGGCACGCCGAUAUCGAAGGCAAGAAGAACACGAUUGUUGAUCGAUUAUCUUCAUGGGUAAAGAACGUUCCUUCGAACUAGUCGCUCGUUCCUGAAUAUCCCCUUGUUCAUUCAUCCCUUCUUAGCCAAUUGAGGAAAACUUAUAACAGUACCUACCUAGGUAUAUAUAGUGCAGAUAAUGGCUUACAAUUCUAAAGAUGCGUAUCCUCGACCCGAUUUCGUUCAUGGCAAUCACAGGUGGACGCCACUAAAUGAGGGGUGGUCUAUACUUUUCGACGACGAUGAUGUUGGGCUUAAACAGGCGUGGCAUAUUAAUGGCGUCCCGGAUAAAGUAGUCGUUACGUCUACUAAUACGAGCGAUGCCGAGGCCGAAGCUAAGAGACUAGCAGCUUUCCCAGAGCUCAAGGAGAAGGGAUUCCAAGCUCCGAAUUGCCAGGAAAAUGUCAAGAAACCUAUUAAUGUACCAUUUGUAUUCCAAACACCAGCCUCUGGUGUUUACGACAACAAUGCGCAUGAAGUUCUAUGGUACGAAAAUAAGGUCGUUGAUCCUCGCAGCAAGGCUGAGAUCGAAGCUGGAGACAAAGUACUCUUGCGCUUUGGCGCCGUGGACUACGAUGUGACUAUUUGGGCAUCGGGAUACCCUAUCGGCCACCACAUAGGUGGACAUGUGCCUUUCGAGGUAGACAUCACCGAUGCUCUGGCAAACGUCGAACGUACCGGCAAGGAAGGUCUAAUUCUUACUUUGCGCAUUCGAGACUCGCCCGACGACCUCACCCAACCCCGUGGAAAACAAUACUGGGGACCUCAACCAGAAAGUAUCUUCUACACCCCAUCCAGCGGCAUCUGGCAACCCGUAUGGCUAGAAGUCAUCCCAUCAACGCGAAUCGGCGACAGCAGCUCCGGUACGGUAAUCAAGUCGAACAACAUCGCCGAGGGUCUACUAGAAGCCAGAGUAGCCAUCCUAGGCCGAAGAACAGGGCAAAAGUACAAGGUCGAGAUUGAAGGUAAUCUCCAUGGGAUAAGCGUCGCCAAGGCAGAGGAAUCUAGUUCGGACGAUAUUAUUCCUAUUAAUGUCAACCUACGCUUGAGUGAUGAUCAGAAACUAAAGGCGCCAGCAUCUCUUGCUGAAGUAGCACCCCUCGACGAUCACGAUUGUUGGCGUAGUAACUUGGCGCUAUGGUCUAUAGACCACCCAACGCUAUACGACCUUUCCAUUCGUCUGUACGACUCCAGCGGCGCACUUGUCGAUGAAGUUAAGACGUACACUGGUUUCCGCAAUAUCGACUGGACGCGCGGGGACCGGACCCUGCGCCUUAAUGGCAAGCCACUCUUCCAAGCGCUAUGUCUAGACCAGGGAUACUGGCCAGAAACCGGGCUGACGCCGCCGACGCCCGAUAGUCUACGCCUCGAUAUCGAGCUAUCGAAGAAGAUGGGUUUCAACGGGUGUCGGAAGCACCAAAAAGUCGAGGAUCCUCUAUUCUUAUACUGGGCGGAUAAGUUGGGAUACCUCGUCUGGGGCGAGAUGGCGAAUGCGUAUAAGUUUAGUGAGGAUUAUGCGGAGAGGUUUAGUCAGGAGUGGCUCGAGGCGGUUAAGAGGGAUAUAAAUCACCCCUCGAUCGUUACUUGGACGCCUGUGAAUGGUAUCUGGGCCUACCCGAACCUGAAGGACAACGUGGAUCAACGGAACCACAUUCGCUCGCUGUACUACAUCACAAAAACCCUCGACCCCACACGUCCUAUCAACGAUAACUGCGGCUGGGAGCACGUCAUCACGGACCUAAGCACCUUCCACGACUACGCCGACGCGCCGGAUCUUUCUAAGACAUGUUCCACACUCGACAAUAUCCUUGGUAAGAAACUCGGUGGGCGUGACUUUUUCGUCGGUCCUACGACUACGGCCGACGGUCACGCAGAUGACGGGACUAAACAUAAGAUCGGGGCUCCGGUUAUAUGCUCCGAGUUUGGAGGCGUGAAUAUUGCGCCCGCGAAGAAGGAUGAGAAAGGAGAGCGGGAUUGGGGAUACACGACCGCGAGCGAUCCGAAGGAUUUGCUGAAGAGGUUUGAGGCGCUGCUACAGGCGGUCGUGAAAGAGGGGCAUAUUUGUGGGUUUGUGUAUACGCAGUUAUCCGAUAUCGAGCAGGAAGUCAACGGCUUGUACUCGUUCGAUAGAAGGGAGAAGAUUCCCGCGACGGAGGUUAAGAAGUUGAUUGAUGCGGCGGCGAAGACGUAUUAUGACAGUAUUCCGAGGGGGACUUAAGUUUCAAGGGAAAUGGAAGUGGUAUUCUAAAUAAUUGGCUUGGAUCUUAGGUGAAAUUGCUCAAUCUUCAUCAAUGGGUUGUCUUGUUCUAAUAAUGGAGGACGAUGAUAUGAAGGGACUUAUGCUAAGGAUGAUGCUAGGUAUUAUCUAGCUGAUAAUGAUAACCAUGUUUCAUGAUCACUUGCUCCUUAAAUGGUUUAUUAUUCAGUGAAUAGGUAUGAAUGGAUUUCCAAGAGUAGAAGAGGACCAUGUUAUCCGUUGUUUUGUUAAGAUUUCUUUCUGAAGAUAUCACUAAUAUCGGUUCCACGCUUUCAUGUAGUGCUAGCUGCACAACCGCAUGAGAACAGGAUGAAGUAUAAAUCAAAGGAUCGCGCACAAUAGUAGAUGUCAGAGAGAAUAUUU